CCGCGGCAAAAUUCCCCGCCGCGAACUUCCUUUUGUAACAAACGACACCGUCUGCCAGGUAGCCAUUGUACACACCUCCAGAUUCACAAUCCUUCCUCCGUAGAAUCUUUUGCUUCAUCUCUGUCCAAUGACGGAAACCUCUACCCUCUGCUUCUCACGCUUCUCUCCAACUCCUUUCAUUUCUCGCUCCAAGGAUUCCAAUUCCUUCCUCUCCACUUCAACUCUCUCUUUUCCUUCUCCUUAUUAUUCUAGCUUCUCUCAUUCCCUCCAUCCCUCCCUCCCUCUUCUCACUCCUUUCGCUUUACCUCCAAAUCUUCCGAUUCCGGUAACUUCCUCGGCGACGAUUCUCUCGCUAUUGAAUGGGUUCAGAGGAGAAAGUUACGUUGUUCACCGCUGAUGGCCUCUUUCAAAUAGGAGGCUCUGUUGUUCCACGGCUAGUCAAUUCUUCAGAUACCAAGUUCUUUCACUGUUUCUUUGGUGUUUUCAUGUUUCAAAAUUCUCCUUUCACUUGCGUGUACUUGGAAAAGCCAAAUGCUGAUCACUGAUAUAUGCUGUUUGAUCUAUUGAUUCAAAUGGGCAUUUGCUAACAGAAGAAGCAAGGCAGGUUAAAAACUUCUCUGAGAUUUCAAAGAUUUUAAGAGAGUGAUUAUAUGGACCCAAAUCAGGGCUUAUGUUUGGGAGUACUAUUUGAUAUUGCAGCAACAAAUGGAUUUGAUAUGGACAGAAGGCUUUGUAUCUUUGGGUUUUGCCGUUCAAUUGAGAUGCUUAGUGAUGUUGUUGAAGACACUGUCUUGGAGCACGGUGGGGAGGUUGUUGCUGCAGAAAAGGCAAUCAAAGGUGGUUUGCAUGAAAAGCUAACCAUGACAGUGGCAGUACCAUAUCCUGGGGGGUUCCUCCUGCUUCAGAAACACUUGGCCUUGCUGUUCGGAGCGGUGGAGGAAUUGUGGAGAAAGUUUAUUGGCAAUGGAAUUUUUUGUAAAUGAAUGGUCUAAUCCUUCUAACCAUCAUUUGUGCAUUGCGUACAUAUAAUCUUUCUGUUCCAAUGUACAAAAUUCAAAAUGUUGCACGAUUCAUGUCCACUGUCCAGUGACAACUUGAUAUUGGUAUCUAAUUAUUGAUUAUUUCGAAGUAAA